UGCCCACCCCCUCAUGGGGCAGUGCUGGACUAAGGUAUGUAGUCAAGAAAACAAUGAUAUCCCUCCCACUUUUGAUCUUGCUGGUGGAAACAUUUGCCUUGUGACAUCAAUGGACAAGUGGGAACAAAAGAUGUCUGAAGCCAAUGACAGUGGCAAGAUCGCGGUGGUAAAUUUCAGUGCGUCAUGGUGUAACCCAUGUAGAGCAGCAGCACCAGGAUAUCAUGAACUUGCUGAUAAAUACACUUCAAUGAUAUUUCUAACCGUGGACGUGGAUGAGUUAGCUGAGUUGAGUACUUCGUGGGACAUAAAAGCUACUCCAACAUUCAUCUUCUUUAGAGAUGGCCGUCAAGUGGACAAACUAGUAGGCGUCAAAAAGCAAGAGCUCCAACAGAAGUUGAUGAAUCUCGCAGAGUCUACAAGGUCCCCAGGAUGAUAAUACUGUUGCUUCGCUGCAGUGUCCGAAAAUGCUAUUCUAAAACUCUGGUUUUGUCACGUUAAUUUUGCCAUUUACUGCUGGUGUAACAAUAUUCUUACGUGUUUCUAUGUAUAUUAAGCCAAGUAAGGAAGUAAAAUUUGCAGCUUGGAAAA